GUGGUACAGGGUCAUGAGUUUACUUGAUAAAUUAAACAUUAUAUUGAUUUCAAGAUUAUUCGAUGCCUAACAUAUUGAUAUAGUUAUAAGCAUGAUGAAAUAACAGGCUAUAGCAGUUAAUGGCCGCGAUGGUGAAGGUUAGAAGGCUGUUGUUGACACGUUGACAAGAGAGGAACAACCCAACGAGGCAAUACAUCACAUUAUCAUGGCUAUAUCAUCAAUAAUUCGUCUCUCGUAUGUUUAAACUGAUAUGAAAAAAGGAAUAUUAGAUUUUUAAUCCUUAAAAACUGUACAGAAUGCGUGGAUGGAGUUUGCUGCGUGUUUGGCCAUGGUUGCUGUCAUUCGUGGGUUAUUCUCGGGUCAGUCUUGUAGAUGACUUGAAGCACCAAACAACAUCAAGCAUAAAACAGAAGGAGGGUGAUUCUUUUGGUCAAGGCAACUCCAGUGAGAUAGGUUUUGGAAAGCGCCAUGUGCUCAUCAUUUUGUUAUUCUUGGGAUUUGCCGGUGUUUAUGCUAUGCGGGUUAAUUUAUCUGUGGCCAUCGUUGCCAUGGUUAAAUCUCGUCCUCGGUCUCAGAACCAAAAUGAACAAAUUGAUGAAACGUGUCCAAUACCUGAGGCUCAGAGAACAAAAAUGGGUUCUUCAGAAAUUGGAGGAGAAUUUGACUGGGAUGAAGAAACCCAAGGGAUGAUUCUUGGGAGUUUCUUUUAUGGCUACCUUUUGACAAACUACCUUGGAGGGUACUUGGCUGAGAGACUGGGUGGACGACUAAUUUUUGGUACUGGAGUAACACUUACUGCUCUCCUCACUGUCAUUUCACCUCUGGCUGCAAGACAUUCCUCCAGUGCAUUUGUCAUCAUUAGAAUUCUAGAAGGAAUGACUGAGGGCGUCACCUUCCCAGCCAUGAAUGUGAUGAUUUCACACUGGAUUCCUCCUCAGGAGCGAGCACGUUCCUUGGCUCGUAUUUGUGGUGGAUGCCAACUUGGAACUGUGAUAACAUUGUCAAUAAGUGGAUGGCUCACUCAAACUCCUUGGGGUUGGCCAUCAGUUUUCAUCAUUUUUGGUUUGUAUGGCCUUGUGUGGGGGUGUUUGUGGUUCAUGUAUGCUUAUGACACCCCGGAUCUCCACCCGACAGUCUCCACUGCAGAAAAGAUUUACAUCAAGCAGGGCACAGGAGAUCACAGGAAGAACGAGAAACUGGAUGUACCAUGGCUAUCCAUAUUGACAUCGACUCCAUUUUUGGUGGUGAUAGCAGCUCACAUUGGUCAAAAUUGGGGUUUCUACUGCAUACUGACAGAGCUUCCAACAUACCUAAAAAAUAUCCAACAUUAUGACAUGAAGCAGAAUGGCAUAUUGUCAGCUUUGCCGUAUCUAGUAAUGUGGCUGUUUAGUUUGGUAUACUCAGCCUACAUGGAUCACUUACUGGAAAAAGGAGUUCUCACCACAAAACAGAUUCGGCAGCUUUCUACAGUUAUUGAUUCUCAUACAGGACUGAAUAUUGCUGACAAGUUCAGGAAGAUGUGGGUUGAUUGGAGUCUUGAUGCCACACAAAGAAACAUCUUAGUGAGAGUUUGAACAUCUAACAUGUCACUAGGGAGUGACAUACAGGUAGUAAAAAUUGCUUCAGUGCACUGUUUGAUCCAUCUAAUACAAUUAAUCAUCAGUGAUGCUGUUUUCUUUCAAAAUAGUGUCAAAGACAUCCUUGCUAAAAGUCGCCGAUUAUCUACUCAUUUCAAUCAUUCGUCAUUAGCAUACUAUGAAUCUUUUCACAGUAAAUAAGUGAUGCUACCACCCCUGUUCAUUUAAAAUAUCUCAACUCAUUGGAACAAUGCUUACCUCAUGCUUCAACUACUACUAAAACUGAAGAAAACUGUUCAACUUUAUUUGGCUGACCAUAUUGAGCUCCUGGCCAUUUCUUCUAAUGAAUGGCAAAUUAUUGAUCAUCUUCUCACUCUUCUACAGCCUUUCUUCAGGCUUAUGAAAGACUUUAGUUCAGAGCUCUGUACAUUAUCUACAGUCAUUCCCAAUAUAUGCACAUUGGAAAGAUUCCUCUAAAAAAUUGGUGAAGGGAAUCAAGGAGUGCAAACACCAAAACAAGAACUUCAGACUUCACUUAGUGCAUGUUUCUUUUCUACAAGUGGCCUCAACAUAUUAAAUAAUCUUACGUAUGUAGUGGCAACUGCAGUCCAUCCUCGAUUCAAACUGCAGUUUCUCUCUAUGGAUGGUAGAGAGCAAAGGAAGUUAUGGCUCUUAGAAGAAGUAGUAACCAGUCAAUGGAAGCAACUUGAUAAAUUUAAAGAUAUGGGAAAGAGAAGUAAUGAGAGUGAAGAGUCAUUUUGCAUGCUCCCUCCAAUGCUCAAAAAGAACAUGGGAAGACGAUAGUUUCAGGGCUUGCUUCCUGGAAAUAGCAGGUGCAGUUACAAGCACAUCAGGUGAGAAGAGGAUUAAUAAUGAUGAUGAUGACUAGUCUUUCACUGAAUAUGCAUCAGAGGUUGAUCAAUAUGUAAGUCUUCCCCUAUUAGAAGAUAGUAAGUGCCCUCUAGAAUACUGGAGAAAAAAAGAUAAAUUCCCAAAACUGAGGAAACUUGCCAUCAAGCUUCUAUCAAUGCCAGCUUUAUUUGAUUUUUUUUCAGAACGAUUGUACAGUACUGAGCAUAAGAACGUGCUUGAAGAAAAACAUUCCUGAUUGUUGCCUAAUAGAGGGGUAAUGUUGCUGCUCAUUCACCAUAAUGGCCAAAAGUUUGAAGUUUGAACAGGCAUGAUAUGCUUUAAAUACACCCUGUUUAAUUUCUAAAUUUUUUAAAAGAUAUAUACUGUACAGUAUAUGUGUAUUGGAUGUACACUAAAUGGUUUAGUUAAUGAAGUUUAAAAUAAUACCUGUUUAUAAAUAUUUUUUUUACAAUUAUUACUGUAUAUCAUAUACUUUGUACCAGUCCAAUCACCUAUGUAAUGCCUUUAAAUACUACUAGUAUUAGUUACAUCAUUGAAAGUACCAUGUUGUGUUCUGUUCAUUUUGUAGAAUUUAUGUUAGCAGGAAAAACUGUAGCUCAUUACAGUAUAGCUCAUUUGCAUAUACAGUAUAUAAUAUUAAUUGCAACAAUUCACAACCUAAUGCUUUAUAUUGUUAAUUCAAUUGCUAUAGUUAAUGCAAAUUUUACUUGGUUAAGAAUUAAGAUUUGGUUUCAACUUCAAGUGCCAAGAUUUUUUUUUCAGCUGGAAAUAAGUGGAUUUUUUCAUUUCUAAAUAAAAUUAAUUUGACCUUUAACAUACUAUUUUAUAUUGGUACAUUAUACUGUCGAUUCUUUUGUAAAAUGCAAGGAAAGUUUCUUCUAGUUAACACCAAUCAAAUUAUUCUGCUGAAGAAAAACCGCUAGUACAGUAGUAAUCUAAAUUGUUAUUAUCUGGUUAUCUGGGAGAGUAAGAGAGGUAUCCGACCAGGAUAUUUGCUAUUAUCCUGCCGGUUACCUUAUCUGGUACACCUCAAGUAAAAGUAUGUGAAUAUGAACAGCAGCGCCAAGACAUGGUCAUUAUCAUGGUGUAAAUAUUCAUGUCAUAUUUCAGAAAAAAAGAAAAAACAUAUUAGUAUAAUCAAUUUCACAAUUCUCAAAACACUAUUUCAUGAUUAAAACACUAAAAUAUGAGAGUGCAAAGCGGUAUUGAUUAUGAUGGGAGACUUAAUUUAAAGGGACCAUGACCGCUGAGAGAACAAAGAAAUUAUUGCAUCUACUCACUGCCCAGCUGAACUCACUAAGCACUACAGGUGUCCCUCUUAAUGAUUAUUUACUUAGCGAUUUUUUCAGUUUAACGAUUUAAAAUUUUUGCACCUCUCUCAUUUAAUGAUCUUCAAUUAUCGAUUUAGUGAUUUUCAACUCACUGGGAAAAAUUUAGGAGGGAGUUGGGAAAAACUGGGGAUUCUGUGCUCCAAGUGCACAGCAUUACAAAGGUGUACUCUCAAUGUGGCUUAGAAGUAAAGAAAAUAUAUACUGUAAUAUAACUAUUGAAUAAUAAAAAUGAAGACAAUUGUACAGUUACCGAAAUAUUUUACAGUAGAACGUCGAUUUAAAACAAUUCAAUUUAAGAUGAUUGAUUUAAAUUGACACCCACAAUUAAGGACAAUGUUUUAAUUUAAAGCGAAUCUUUCCUAUUUUGCG